AGAGAAUAUGUAUUAUAUUACGACGUGUAUGCACACACACACACACACACAUACACACACACACAGAGCGAGGGAGAGAGAGAGAUAGAGAGAGAGAGAGAGAGAUUGAAUCGGGGUAAUAUUAAUGGAGUGGUGGGAUCGCGUGGCGAUGCCGAUGAGGCGGGUUUGGAUCGGCGCGGCGACGCGUCUCCGCCUCCGGAGAUCCACCGCAGGGCUGUGGGAGCUGAGGAAGGAGGUGAGCACGUGCGAGUACGAGGACGUGCGCGUGAUGUGGGAAAUGCUGCGGAAGCAGCACGUGGCGGAGGAGGCCGACGUGGCGGCCUCGGAGAGGAGGAGGGGAACGCGGCGGGGAGAGGACACGUGGCACGAUCUGGUGGUGGCGGAGUUUGGGGACCGAGAGAGACGCAGCGGAGGAGGAGGAGGAGCUCCGCUUCUUCAUAAGUGGUGCUGCUGCCGCCGGUUUUGAAACGGAUCCGGGUUCGAUCAGCUACUAUCAUUCCAUUUGGAUCCGAAACCUACCAAGCAUUUUUUUUUCCCCUUUCUAUUUAUUUUUAUUUAUUUUGUUUAUAUUACAUUAGAGAUACAUCAGAUAUCAAAGAGUGUUGUAUAUAUUAAACCGGCUAGAUUAUUAUAAAGAGUUAGUCUUCUAUACUAUCUA